GUCGCAUCGAAUGUCUAACGACUGAUGAACCCAACCUUGCUCGCUGGUCCUGCACUGCACCUCGCAUCAACUGACCCGUCGAUCGGACCCCUUAACCAUGCCGCCGCCAGUCGCGGCAAGCGCCGAUCGAGGUGACGCUCGGCGUCUUCGAAAACCGUCAACGCUCUACAAGCUGGUCAUGACCCCCGUCCUCUUCGUCUCCUUCCUCCUCUCCCUCGCCCUCGUCGACCUGCGCUACUCGUCCCUCCGCGCCCUCUACCACGCCGACAGUGGCGACCAGCCGCCCGGCCGCCGCCGGCUGCCGGGCUGGCUGCACAGAAUCAUCUACCGCUACCGGCCGUACCGAUACGCCGUCGCGGUCGAUGGCGACGGCCGACCCGUCGGGACCACCACGACCCCCCGGAGCCCGGGGAGCCCAGAGGGUGGGGCCACCCCUUCCAGGACGGCGAGAGAGGCGGAGGAUUACUACCACAGUAAGCAGCGGGAGCUGAUCAAGAUGGAGGCGGAGGAGGCAUUUGAGAUCCGCGGUGUGGUUGUCUUGGUGCUGGGCUUCGUUGGGUUGGCGGUGCUGUGGGCGGCUUGGAAGGUGGUCAGCUGGGGGGUAGGGGCUGUCUACCGGUCGAUGACAUCUUGAGUCCAGGGAUCAAUGAUUGGAGUUCUAUAACGAGACAUAUCGAUUCGGCAUUUUUUUUUUUUUUUUUUUUGCCUAUGACAAAUCUGGGGUAGAGUUGUUGUUGUUGACGAUAUUUAUGCAAACCAGAUAUCAAAACGGUUGGUUGCUACAACUCUAGUUGUUUCCUCGAAUGGCGAAUCUUGAGAAGGUAUGUCCAUAACGGAAUACCUGUAUGUACUGUACAU